GGGGCCGUUCCUCCCCGCCGCUCCCCGAGGGCAGCGAACCGCCGCCGGCCCCGCGCCGAGGGAACCGGCGCGUCUUUGCCGUGAAGGCGCGGGUGCCCCCGGCCGCUGAGGGGAAGGCAGGGGAAGGGGGUGCCUCUUCCAGCCCCCGGACAAAAAGGAAAAAAUGGCUAUAGCUGCCGUGAGCGAGGCGGAAACCCGGCUGUGCGGCAACUGCAAAAAGGAUAUUCCUGCUGCUAAUUUCAUCAUUCACGAAAUCCACUGCAGCAGAAAUAUUGAAGUAUGCCGCUACUGCAGUGAAUCAAUCCCAAAGUCUGAAAUGAAGAACCAUAUUGAGUCCGAACAUGUGCAGGUUACCUGCAAGUGUAGGAUGAAGAUGGAAAACAGUCUCUUGAAGGAUCAUGAGGCGUCAGCGUGCCCUCUGCGUCCUGCCCUCUGCCAGUACUGUGACAUACAGCUUACUUUCAACAAACUCCAGGAGCACGAACUCUACUGCGGAGCAAGGACCGAGCUGUGUGCUGGCUGCGCUCGUAACAUCAUGCUGAAAGAUCUGAAGGAGCAUCCUUGGGUCUGUGGGCGAGAGGAGAAACAAGAAAGAGGAAGCAGAACGGUGCCUCGCUUGGAGGAGGAGGAGGAGGCGGCAGAUUUGCACUUCCUUCGAGCCAUCAGAAACCGGCUAAGAUCAGAGGGUGAACUGGAGCAGCUGGAGAAAAACGAAAACACUCAUUCUUCGCUUUAUGAAGAGUGGAACGCCGAUCUAGACUACGUGUUGGCUCUUAGCCUACAAAAUGAGAAUAAUCCUCACAGUAAUACUGCAGCUGAAAUUCCCAGCGACUCCUGGGAAAACUACUACACCAAAGGGUCUGUGCCAUCUGCCCAUCUUAAUGAAACAGAUGAGUCGAGUAUCUUCUCCUGUGACUCUAUAGUGUCUUUUAGCACAUCAAACCACAUAAAAAGCGAUGAGGUCAUCAUGCUGCCGUGUGAAUUUUGCGAGGAGCUCUACCCUGCCGAGGAUCUGAUUCUUCACCAGACAGGUUGUAACCCAGCAAGUGCCUUUGCCUCGUUCAGUAAAAGGAGUUCUUCCCCAAACCUGCGAGAAUAUGAUGGCCUGCGUGCUCUUGGGUCCAAAAACCGAAGGUCUCUCUUUUCAUCCCAGCCCCAAGCUGUCCGGGCAAAAGGAAACAUGAUGUUUCCAUGUGAAUUUUGUGGUAUCCAGCUAGAAGAGGAGAUGCUCUUUCAUCACCAGCACCACUGCGAUCUGCGCCCGGCCAGCCCUGCUGCUGCCUUUCCCUUGCCACCUCCAGCCAACAGUGAGAGAAGAGAAUCGCCAGAGCCGGCUCGGAGACGGACCAGACACCAAGGUGUGGGCAAAGCACGGCCUUAGGCAUGCUCUUCUUUGUUUGCAGGAACACGCUGUGUGUACCCAGCCAAAGAGAUGUUGUUACUCUGUUGUUGAGCGUGGCCAGAGAAGGGCAACAGAGCUGGGGCAGGGUCUGGAGC